AUGCCAUUGACUUCUACUGUAUUCGACACCAUACCACCUUGUGGAACUGAAGAUAUGUGGGCCAGACCUGACAUACGGGACUGCAGCAGUUCCUACAUGUGUAUUUAUGGGGAAGUCAUGAAAUUGCGAUGUCCUGAAGGCACUGAAUACAGUCAAAGGAAAGAGUCAUGUGUGCCUGUAGGAGAAUCUGGUUGGGUAGCGACACCACCUCCUUUGCCAAAAUGCGGACCAGACGAUGAGUGGUCCGUUGGCGAUGACACAGAUUGCACGUUCUUGUACGAGUGCGUUCGAGGACAGGUGGCCAGAGCACAGUGCCCCAAAGGGUAUUAUUACGACGAUGUUGAAAUUUGCAUACCACGGGAAAGAUCCACCUGCAAAGAAAAACAUAAUUUCAAAACGACUACUAGGCAAGAAACAACAGCAUCCACUAUCACACUGACACCUUCUACCAGAGCAGAUACAACUCCUGCCACCACUUCAGAGACAACACCUAUCGCCACUUCAGAGACAAUACCUUUCACCACUUCAGAGACAACUCCUUCCGCUAGCUCAGAGACAACACCUUCAACCAGCACAGAGACAACCCCUACCAAUACUUCUGAGACCACACCUGACACCACUUCAGAGACAACUUCUUCCACAAGCUCGGAGACAACCUUUUCCACAAGCUCAGUCACAACACCUUCAACCAGCACAGAGACAACCUCUACCACCACUUCAGAGACAACACCAGUCACCACUUCAGAGACAACAACUGUCACCAGCGAAGAGAGAAAAUUUUCCACCAGAUCAGAUACAACUCCUACCACGACCUCAGAUACAACAGCUAACAGCAGCUCAGACAGAACACGUCGUGCAACCAAUUCAGAAGCAUCAGCAUCAACCACAAUAGAAACUUCACCUUCAGAUAGAGCAUCCACGAACACGAAGACAACACGCGCUUCCAGUACAGAAAUAACCAGUAGACAUUAUCCAUUAUCAACACCAAAAUCGAGAAGAGAUGAGGAAGAUAAACGCUCUCAAGCAACACGAGUUACACCACCAAUAAUAAAUCCAAUACCUCCAUGCACACAUAUCGACGCCUGGCUAAGACCCCACGCGCCAGAUUGCAACCGAUUUCUGCUUUGCCUUUUUGGGAAACUGACUAGCGAGACGUGCUCGCCGACUUUUCACUUUAGUCCAGUUACUUUGCAAUGUCUACCGGCAGCUGAAGCGAAAUGUGAAUACGUUCUGCCUACUACUAGUAUACCUAUCACCAGUACAGAGACAACACCCACCACCAGUUCAGCAACAACACCAUCUACCAGCACAGAGACAAAACCUGUUACCAGUACAGAGACAACCCCGGCAGCCACCAGUACAGAGACAACCCCAGCGGCCACCAGCUCAGAGACAACCCCGGCAGCCACCAGUACAGGGACUACGCCUUCUACCAGCUCUGAGACAACCCCGCUAGCCACCAGUACAGAGACAACGCCUUCCACCAGCUCAGAAACAACACCAUCCACCAUAAUAGAGACAACCCCGGUGGCCACAAGUACAGAGAUAACCCCAGUGGCCACCAGUACAGGGACAACGCCUUCCGGCAGCUCAGAGACAACAUCAUCCGCCAGAACAAAGACAACCCCAGCGGCCAUCAGUUCAGAGACAACCCCGGCAGCCACCAGUACAGAGACAACGCCUUCUACCAGCUCAGAGACAACCCCGGCGGUCACCAGUACAGAGACAACCUCGGCAGCCACCAGUACAGAGACAACGCCUUCUACCAGCUCAGAGACAACACCAUCCGCAAGAACAAAGACAACCCCGGCAGAAACAAGUACAGAGACAAGCCCGGCGGCCACCAGUACAGAGACAACGCCUCCCACCAGGUCAGAGACAACCCCGGCGGCCACCAGAACAGAGACAACCUCGGCAGCCACCAGUACAGAGAUAACGCCGGCAGCCACCAGUACAGCGACAACGCCUUCAACCAGCUCAGAGACAACAACUUCUACCAGCUCAGAGACAACCACGGCGGCCACCAGUACAGAGACAACGCCUUCCGCCAGCUCAGAGACUACACCUGCCACCAGCUCAAAGACAACACCUUCUACAGAGUCAACAUCACAGGCUAGUUCAGAAACAACGCCUUCAACAAGCUCAGAGACAACACCUUCUACCAGCUCAGACACAACCCCUGCAGCCACCAGUACAGAGACAACCACCCCUGCAGCCACCAGUACAGAGACAACCCCGGCAGCCACCAGUACAGAGACAACUCCGGCAGCCACCAGUUCAGAGACAACCACCCCUGCAGCCACCAGUACAGAGACAACCCCGGCAGCCACCAGUACAGAGACAACUCCGGCAGCCACCAGUUCAGAGACAACCACCCCUGCAGCCACCAGUACAGAGACAACUCCGGCAGCCACCAGUACAGAGACAACUCCGGCAGCCACCAGUACAGAGACAACUCCGGCAGUCACCAGUACAGAGACAACUCCGGCAGCCACCAGUACAGAGACAACCGCCCCUGCAGCCACCAGUACAGAGACAACCCCGGCAGCCACCAGUACAGAGACAACUCCGGCAGCCACCAGUUCAGAGACAACCACCCCUGCAGCCACCAGUACAGAGACAACUCAGGCAGCCACCAGUACAGAGACAACGCCGGCAGCCACCAGUACAGAGACAACCCCGGCAGCCACAAGUACAGAGACAACUCCGGCAGCCACCAGUACAGAGACAACUCCGGCAGCCACCAGUACAGAGACAACUCCGGCAGCCACCAGUACAGAGACAACUCCGGCAGCCACCAGUACAGAGACAACUCCGGCAGCCACCAGUACAGAGACAACUCCGGCAGCCACCAGUACAGAGACAACUCCGGCAGCCACCAGUACAGAGACAACUCCGGCAGCCACCAGUACAGAGACAACCACCCCUGCAGCCACCAGUACAGAGACAACUCCGGCAGCCACCAGUACAGAGACAACCCCGGCAGCCACCAGUACAGAGACAACUCCGGCAGCCACCAGUACAGAGACAACUCCGGCAGCCACCAGUACAGAGACAACCACCCCUGCAGCCACCAGUACAGAGACAACUCCGGCAGCCACCAGUACAGAGACAACCCCGGCAGCCACCAGUACAGAGACAACUCCGGCAGCCACCAGUACAGAGACAACUCCGGCAGCCACCAGUACAGAGACAACUCCGGCAGCCACCAGUACAGAGACAACCACCCCUGCAGCCACCAGUACAGAGACAACUCCGGCAGCCACCAGUACAGAGACAACUCCGGCAGCCACCAGUACAGAGACAACCACCCCUGCAGCCACCAGUACAGAGACAACCCCGGCAGCCACCAGUACAGAGACAACCACCCCUGCAGCCACCAGUACAGAGACAACCACCCCUGCAGCCACCAGUACAGAGACAACCCCGGCAGCCACCAGUACAGAGACAACCACCCCUGCAGCCACCAGUACAGAGACAACCACCCCUGCAGCCACCAGUACAGAGACAACCCCGGCAGCCACCAGUACAGAGACAACUCCGGCAGCCACCAGUUCAGAGACAACCACCCCUGCAGCCACCAGUACAGAGACAACUCCGGCAGCCACCAGUACAGAGACAACCACCCCUGCAGCCACCAGUACAGAGACAACCCCGGCAGCCACCAGUACAGAGACAACCACCCCUGCAGCCACCAGUACAGAGACCACCACCCCUGCAGCCACCAGUACAGAGACCACCACCCCUGCAGCCACCAGUACAGAGACAACCCCGGCAGCCACCAGUACAGAGACAACCACCCCUGCAGCCACCAGUACAGAGACCACCACCCCUGCAGCCACCAGUACAGAGACAACCCCGGCAGCCACCAGUACAGAGACAACUCCGGCAGCCACCAGUUCAGAGACAACCACCCCUGCAGCCACCAGUACAGAGACAACUCCGGCAGCCACCAGUACAGAGACAACUCCGGCAGCCACCAGUACAGAGACAACUCCGGCAGUCACCAGUACAGAGACAACUCCGGCAGCCACCAGUACAGAGACAACCGCCCCUGCAGCCACCAGUACAGAGACAACCCCGGCAGCCACCAGUACAGAGACAACUCCGGCAGCCACCAGUUCAGAGACAACCACCCCUGCAGCCACCAGUACAGAGACAACUCAGGCAGCCACCAGUACAGAGACAACGCCGGCAGCCACCAGUACAGAGACAACCCCGGCAGCCACAAGUACAGAGACAACUCCGGCAGCCACCAGUACAGAGACAACUCCGGCAGCCACCAGUACAGAGACAACUCCGGCAGCCACCAGUACAGAGACAACUCCGGCAGCCACCAGUACAGAGACAACUCCGGCAGCCACCAGUACAGAGACAACUCCGGCAGCCACCAGUACAGAGACAACUCCGGCAGCCACCAGUACAGAGACAACUCCGGCAGCCACCAGUACAGAGACAACCACCCCUGCAGCCACCAGUACAGAGACAACUCCGGCAGCCACCAGUACAGAGACAACCCCGGCAGCCACCAGUACAGAGACAACUCCGGCAGCCACCAGUACAGAGACAACUCCGGCAGCCACCAGUACAGAGACAACCACCCCUGCAGCCACCAGUACAGAGACAACUCCGGCAGCCACCAGUACAGAGACAACCCCGGCAGCCACCAGUACAGAGACAACUCCGGCAGCCACCAGUACAGAGACAACUCCGGCAGCCACCAGUACAGAGACAACUCCGGCAGCCACCAGUACAGAGACAACCACCCCUGCAGCCACCAGUACAGAGACAACUCCGGCAGCCACCAGUACAGAGACAACCCCGGCAGCCACCAGUACAGAGACAACUCCGGCAGCCACCAGUACAGAGACAACUCCGGCAGCCACCAGUACAGAGACAACCACCCCUGCAGCCACCAGUACAGAGACAACUCCGGCAGCCACCAGUACAGAGACAACCCCGGCAGCCACCAGUACAGAGACAACUCCGGCAGCCACCAGUACAGAGACAACUCCGGCAGCCACCAGUACAGAGACAACCACCCCUGCAGCCACCAGUACAGAGACAACUCCGGCAGCCACCAGUACAGAGACAACCCCGGCAGCCACCAGUACAGAGACAACUCCGGCAGCCACCAGUACAGAGACAACUCCGGCAGCCACCAGUACAGAGACAACUCCGGCAGCCACCAGUACAGAGACAACUCCGGCAGCCACCAGUACAGAGACAACUCCGGCAGCCACCAGUACAGAGACAACUCCGGCAGCCACCAGUACAGAGACAACCACCCCUGCAGCCACCAGUACAGAGACAACUCCGGCAGCCACCAGUACAGAGACAACCCCGGCAGCCACCAGUACAGAGACAACUCCGGCAGCCACCAGUACAGAGACAACUCCGGCAGCCACCAGUACAGAGACAACCACCCCUGCAGCCACCAGUACAGAGACAACUCCGGCAGCCACCAGUACAGAGACAACCCCGGCAGCCACCAGUACAGAGACAACUCCGGCAGCCACCAGUACAGAGACAACUCCGGCAGCCACCAGUACAGAGACAACUCCGGCAGCCACCAGUACAGAGACAACCACCCCUGCAGCCACCAGUACAGAGACAACUCCGGCAGCCACCAGUACAGAGACAACUCCGGCAGCCACCAGUACAGAGACAUCUCCGGCAGCCACCAGUACAGAGACAACUCCGGCAGCCACCAGUACAGAGACAACUCCGGCAGCCACCAGUACAGAGACAACUCCGGCAGCCACCAGUACAGAGACAACUCCGGCAGCCACCAGUACAGAGACAACUCCGGCAGCCACCAGUACAGAGACAACCCCGGCAGCCACCAGUACAGAGACAACUCCGGCAGCCACCAGUACAGAGACAACCCAGACUGCCACCAGUGCAGAGACAACGCCUUUCCCCAGCCCAGAGACAACACCUUCUACCAGCUCAGAGACCACGCCUAUCACUAACUCAGACACCACACCAGCCACCAGCUCAGAGACAACCCCGGUGGACACCAGUGCAGAGACAACGCCUUUAACCAGCCCAGAGACAACACCUUCUACCAGCUCAGAGACCACGCCUAUCACUAACUCAGACACCACACCAGCCACCAGCUCAGAGACAACCCCGGUGGACACCAGUGCAGAGACAACGCCUUUAACCAGCCCAGAGACAACACCUUCUACCAGCUCAGAGACAACCCCGGUGGCCGUAAGUACAGAGAGAACGCCUUCAACUAGCUCAGAAAGCACAGCCGCAACCAGAACAGAGGCGACGCCUUCUACCAGCUCAGAGACAAAACCUUCCACCACCUCAGGGACAACACCAUCUGCUAGAACUAAAACAACUCCGUCGGCCACAAGUGCAGAGACAACGCCUUCAACCAGUUCAGAGACCAUACCUUCUACCAGCUUAGAGACUACACCUUCUACUAGCUCAGACACGACGCCUAUCACUAGCUCAGACACCACAGCUGCCAUCAGCUCUGCGACAACAUCUUUAACCAUCUCAGACACAACCCCGCCGGCCACCAGUACAGAAACAACCUCGGCAGCCACCAGUACAGAGACAACCCCGGCAGCCACCAGUGCAGAAACAACCCCGGCAGCCACCAGUACAGAGACAACCCCGGCAGCCACCAGUGCAGAGACAACCCCGGCAGCCACCAGUACAGAAACAACUCCGGCAGCCACCAGUACAGAAACAACCCCGGCAGCCACCAGUACAGAGACAACCCCGGCAGCCACCAGUACAGAAACAACUCCGGCAGCCACCAGUACAGAGACAACCCCGGCAGCCACCAGUACAGAAACAACCCCGGCAGCCACCAGUACAGAGACAACCCCGGCAGCCACCAGUGCAGAAACAACCCCGGCAGCCACCAGUACAGAGACAACCCCGGCAGCCACCAGUGCAGAGACAACCCCGGCAGCCACCAGUACAGAAACAACUCCGGCAGCCACCAGUACAGAAACAACCCCGGCAGCCACCAGUACAGAGACAACCCCGGCAGCCACCAGUACAGAAACAACUCCGGCAGCCACCAGUACAGAGACAACCCCGGCAGCCACCAGUACAGAAACAACCCCGGCAGCCACCAGUACAGAGACAACCCCGGCAGCCACCAGUACAGAGACAACCCCGGCAGCCACCAGUACAGAGACAACCCCGGCGGCCACCAGUACAGAGACAACCCCGGCAGCCACCAGUACAGGGACAAGGCCUUCAACCAGAUCAGAGACAACACCUUCUAUCAGCUCAGAGACAACACCUUCCGCCAGCACAGAGACAACACCUUCUACCAGCACAGAGACAACAACUUCUACCAGCACAGACACAACACCUUCUACCAGCACAGAGACAACAACUUCUAUGAGCGCAGAGACAACACCUUCUACCAGCACAGAGACGACACCUUCUACCAGCGCAGAGACAACACCUUCAUCCAGCUCAGAGACAACACCUUCUACCAGCACGGACAAAACCCCGGCAGCCACAAGAACAGAGACAACGCCUUCUACCAGCACAGAGACAACACCUUCUACCAGCACAGCCACAACACCUUCUACCGGCACAGCCACAACACCUUCUCUCAGCUCAGAGACAACACCUUCUACCAGCACAGAGACAACACCUUCUACCAGCACAGAGACAACACCUUCUACCAGCUCAGAGACAACACCUUCUCUCAGCUCAGAGACAACACCUUCUAUCAGCUCAGAGACAACACCGUCUACGAGCACAAAGAUCACAGCUGCCACCAGUACAAACACAACGCCUUCAACCAGCUCAGAGACAACACCUUCUACCAGCUCAGAGACAACCUCGGCGUCCACCAGUACAGAGAUAACGCCCGCAGCCACCAGUGCAGAGACAACGCCUUCAACCAGCUCAGAGACAACACCUUCUACCAGCUCAGAGACAACACCUUCUACCAGCACAAAGACAACACCUUCUACCAGCUCAGAGACAACACCUUCUACCAGCACAGACACAACACCUUCUACCGGCACAGACACAACACCUUCUACCAGCACAGACACAACACCUUCUACCAGCACAAAGACAACAUCUUCUAUCAGCGCAGAGACAACACCUUCUACCAGUUCAGAGACAACACCUUCUACCAGCACAGACACAACACCUUCUACCGGCACAGACACAACACCUUCUACCAGCACAGACACAACACCUUCUACCAGCACAGACACAACACCUUCUACCGGCACAGACACAACACCUUCUACCAGCACAGAGACAACACCUUCUACCAGCACAGAGACAACACCUUCUACCAGCACAGCCACAACACCUUCUACCAGCACAGAGACAACACCUUCUACCAGCACAGCCACAACACCUUCUACCAGCACAGAGACAACACCUUCUACCAGCACAGAGACAACACCUUCUACCAGCUCAAAAACAACACCUUCUACCAGCACAGCCAGAACACCUUCUACAAGCACAGAGACAACACCUUCUAUCAGCUCAGAGACAACGCCAGCAGCCACAAGUACAGAGACAACCACCCCUGCAGCCACCAGUACAGACGCAACCCGGGCGGCCACCAGUACAGGGACAACGACCGAACAAUCCAGGCCGUUUUGUUCGUACAGAGACUUGUGGCUCAGACCCCAAUAUUCAUAUAGUAACCGCUUCUUACUUUGUUUGUUCGGGAAAUUGACGAGUCAGCUAUGCCCUUUGGAUUACCAAUUCAAUCCAGUUGUUUUGCUUUGCGAGCCUCCAUCUGAUGCGAGACGUAACAUUGAAACGACAACUUUAACAACUACCACCAUAGUAAAGACGACACUAAUCACCACUCCAGAGAUGACGUCUAUCACCACUUCAGAGACAACACCAAUCACCACUUCAGAGACAACACCAAUCACCACUUCAGAGACAGCACCUGUUCAUCUACCUGAAUGUAGUUUUAGAGACAUGUGGUUUGUUCCUGACCCGUACGAUUGUGAAUUCUUCCACUUGUGUUUGUUCGGUGAGAUAUUGUAUGACCAAUGCCCUGAAGGUACAGAAGCUAGUCCAGAUACAUUUGCAUGUCUACCAAAAGAAUUGGCUGGAUGUAGCAAUGAGAGCAAAUCUAUUCAAAAUACUACGGCUUCAAGUGUCAUAGGUCCCGUCCCGUAUUGCGCUAGAUAUGACAUAUGGAUAGAGUCUGAUGGGAAUGACUGCGGAAAGUACUAUAUUUGCACAUUUGGACAUCUAUCCCAUGAAAAAUGUCCGGCAGACUUCAGAUUUAGUGCUUCGGAAAGAGCGUGCUUACCUAAAUCACAAGUAGACUGCUCCCAAGAAAACAAGCCUAAAUCGAAAGGCUGGAGGGACGCAAUCUGUGCGGACUUCACGAAUCUUCCUCUGGUCUUCUUAGAAGACCCAAAAGACUGCAGAAGAUACUACAUUUGUUCUCUAGGAAAAUCUACGUUGAUGGAUUGCCCCGACAAUUUCUCAUUUAGUGUUGAGAAACAAAUAUGCCUGCCAUCAAACCAAGUGCUAUGCAAGUCACUGUGUCCAUCAGAUGCCACCCAAUUAGUGGCAGACCCUCAAAAUGAGAAUCAUUAUAUCAUCUGCUACAAGGGAUCUCCACUACCACAGCAGUGUCCUCAUAAAUAUGUUUUUGAUACCGAACUCUUGACGUGCAGGCUUAAAGCAGAAACAGGAGGCGUAGACUUCAAAUUAUUAAGAUAUUUAAUUAACUAUAUUAUAAGUUAGCACUAUCGCGUCGUCAUUG